CCGGGGAGCUGCCGCCAUGUCCUUCUCUCCUCUACCGUAACUCCACGAUGAGUUCGCUUAAGGUUCAGAAGCGCCUCGCCUCGGAGGUGCUCAAGUGUGGCAAGAAGAAAGUUUGGCUCGACCCCAAUGAAAUUGGAGAAAUCGGCCAGGCCAACUCACGCCAGAACAUCCGUAAGCUUAUCAAGGAUGGUCUUAUCAUCAAGAAGCCCCACAAUGUCCACUCACGUGCCCGAGUGCGCAAGAAUCAGGAGGCUCGCAGGAAGGGCCGUCACAUGGGCUUUGGCAAGAGGAAGGGUACAGCCAAUGCCCGUAUGCCACAGAAGGUGCUGUGGAUUCGUCGCAUGCGAGUUCUGCGUCGUAUGUUGAAAAAGUACCGUGACAACAAGAAGAUCGACAGGCAUCUGUACCACGAGCUGUACAUGAAGGUGAAGGGCAACGUGUUCAAGAACAAGCGUGUCCUCAUGGAGUACAUUCACAAGAAGAAGGCCGACAAUGCCCGUGCCAAGAUGCUGAGUGACCAGGCCGAGGCACGCAGGAACAAGGCAAAGGAGGCACGCAAGCGAAGGCAGGACCGUGUUGCCAUCAGGAAGGCCGAAGCAUUGAAGAGCAAGGAAGACACCGAGUAACUUGUGUACCCUAAGUAAAUAAAAAAAAGCUUACAAA